GUCAGCCGCCGCCGCCGUCGGGGGAUUCGCUGCUGCCGGUGCCGAAUGCUAUUGGCAGCCAUGAGUCAGGCCCGGGACCCCCGAGAGCAGGAGCAGCCCGGGGGGGCCAACCGCCCUCAGCUGGGACACAAUGUAUCCCAAUUUCUGGAGACGAAUCAUUUUCCUGUCAACGGCCCACUAGGCAGUGGAGCAGCAAACCCCCUCCUGCCGUCCCCCGCCAGUCUACAGCUCGCUCAGCUGCAGGCUCAGCUCACCCUGCAAAGGCUAAAAUUGGCGCACAGUGCAGUGACCAACAACACAGCUGCUACAGUCCUGAACCAAGUCCUCUCCAAGGUGGCUAUGUCACAGCCACUGUUUAAUCCACUGAGAAAUGCUGCCAUGAUGGGUGCACAUGUACCAGCUGGAAUGGCUUCUCUAGGCUCCACCAUUCACAAUGCCAGAUUUCCUUCACCCGGAUUGCCGUUCUCUGCUCAAAAUCCAGUUAUGCCACCAAAGCACUCGCAGAAUCCAAACCAAAACUCUAUGCAGCCUUUUGGAAAAGCCACGGGUGGAAACAGGCCUGAUGGAUUCCACCUUGGGCCUCAAGCAAUCACUUCUGAGAUGGAUCAGUCUUCUUAUCAUGGCUUCGCUUGUGGGUCAGAAGAGGCAUCGGAUGCUUGUUACCCUUCUAAACAUAAUAACCAAUCUGGAUUUAAAAAUCAGUAUUUUGAUAACCAUGGGCCGCAUCACUCCAUGAGCAAUAAAAAAGAUGUCAGUCAGGGGGGUCAAGCCUUGCCAUCAAACAACCAGUGGGAAUCUUCUCGCCAGUGGCCAUCACACAACCAGCAUUAUGAGGCCAGAAGUGACCUGUACAACCCAGAAGAGCCAACUCCUGAUUCCAAAUUUAGCCCCUCAAAUUCUCCAGCUUUCCACCGACAUAACAAUGGAAAAAUCAACACAUGUGUUUCGUCUCUGAAGAACCUAAAGCCACAUGAACUGAAUGACUUACAUGGUAUAACGCCUGUGCACCUACCACACACAUGUAUAGUGUGUGACAAAAAGAUCUUCACCAUAAAGGACUGGGACCUGCACAUUAAGGGCAGGAUGCAUAUUCAGAAUGUGAUGGGUUACUCUGAAAGCGCUGGUAUAAACUGUGCUCCGAGCUCUUCCGAUGGGGUAUUACCCGCUUCUCUAAAUCCAGACUUUCACAACAUGAAUAACGAAGGCUUUGCAUCGGACAUUGAUCAUCUCUAUGUCCCUGCUGCGCCAGCUGCCUCAUUCCUCCCGUCUGGAGCUCCCUUCUCUGGACCACCCAUUGGUGCAAAGUUCACACAGAGGAAAUCUUCAGCUGGCCGGGUGGUUCAUAUUUGCAAUCUCCCUGAAGGAAGCUGCAAUGAGACCGACGUCGUUAACCUUGGUCUGCCAUUUGGGAAGGUCACCAACUACAUUUUCAUGAAAUCAACAAAUCAGGCGUUUCUAGAAAUGGCAUUCACUGAGGCAGCCGAGGCGAUGGUCCAAUACUACAAGGAGAAGCCAGCAAUGAUGAAUGAUGAAAAAUUACUGAUCCGCAUGUCAAAGAGAUACAUAGAGCUGCAGCUGAAGAAGCCUGGUAAGACUGUAGAUGCCAUUAUCCAUGACAUACAUUCGCAGAGGGAAAGAGACUCGUUUCGUGAUACAGACAGAUAUCGAAAUGAAAGGCCUAGAUCACGCAGUCCUGUGAGCCGCUCCUUGUCCCCAAGGUCCUAUACGCCAAGCUUUACAUCAUGUAGUUCAACACAUAGUCCAUUAGGAGCAUCUAGAACAGAGUGGGGAAAUGGAAGGGAUUCCUGGGAACAACAAGGAUAUGGCAGGUGGGAGGAUGACCGAGAGCAAGGUUCAUGGAGGGAGUGUGGGGAAGAAAAGAGGGACAGGACAGACCACUGGGUACAUGAUCGGAGGCAAUACAACAGGCAUACUGACAAGCAGGAGCUCGAUGAGCGAACUGACUCAUCCAGAGGACACAGGGACAAAUAUAGCAAUUCUCACUCAUCAUCAAGAUACAAAAGCAGAGAAGGGGAACACUACAGAAAGGAAUCCAAGCUGAAAUCCGAGGCAAAAACCUCAGAUACAUCUGGGAAAAUGAGAAGGAAAGACGAGGGCAGAUCACGAGAUGACAAAGAUAGUCACGCAGGAGAUGCAAUCAAGAAGGACCUGUCUGAGUCAAAGCCAAUUAAAGAGACUGAAGGCAGCACGCAGCAAAAUGUGGAUGUAAAAGAUAAAAUACAUGAAACCAGUGAGAAGGAGAAUAAAGACAGUGAACGGAAUGACACAAAAGAAAAAGGAAUGAACCAGAAUCAUGCAUUGGACAAAGCUGAAGAUGGGCGGAAAGAACCACAUACCACGCCACCAGCUAAGAAUGAAGCACAGGACUCGGACAGUGGAAGUGACCUAGAAGGUGACAGCUGGUACCCAACUAACAUGGAGGAACUUGUGACAGUAGAUGAAGUGGGCGAGGAUGAUCUAAUUGUGGAGCCAGACAUUACAGAGCUUGAAGAAAUUGUUCCUGUUGUCCCUAAGGAAAGCGAGAAUUGUAUUCAGAUGUGUGCACUUGAUAUUGACACUGUGACUUUACAAUGUCGGUUUAGUGAAAGAACCAGGAGUGAGAGCUCCUCUGGAGCAACGAGCUGCACAUCUCUUAGAGGAAGUGCAAGUCCUGACAGUAGCUGCUGUGAGACGGUUGCAGAUGUGCCUGAUGUAAAUGUGAAUCCUAAGGAUAAGUGUGAUCAACUGGAGGAGAAUUACAAAAGUCCUAACAGGGUCCACGGACACGAACCUGCACCAGAAUGUAUAGGUGACAUUACAGAUUCUGGAACACCUAUACAUAUAGAUAAGGGCAGUCCAGAACUGGAUAAGAGACCAGACUCUCCUGCAGACAGCAGUGUGACAAUGAUGGAUGUGCACAACCAAGAGCAAAGGCGAAAUAAAAGAGAAAGAGAGCACUCCAUUUCCGAAGGGAAGUCUCCUGAAGGUUCAGAAUUAGAAACAAAAGAAAUGUACUCUUCGCCUUCCUGGGAGCAGGAUGAUGUCUUUACCGAGCUGAAUAUCCCUCUAGGUGUUGAAUUUAUAGUUCCUAGAACUGGAUUCUACUGCAAACUAUGUGGUCUGUUCUACACCAGUGAAGAAUCAGCGAAAACAUCUCACUGUAGGAGCCGAGUACACUACAAAAACCUGCAGUGUUAUUUAUCAAGGUUGGCAAAAGAUGGUCCAGAUAUGAAUGACAGAGAGAAAACUGUUUCGCUUGAGGAUGUUGGGAUCGUUCCUCAGUUUCAGAGAAGCAAACCCUGAGGAGCUAGCCUACCGACUACUUGUUAUGGCCUGUACACGAAAGAGCAAUUCGGGUCGUAUGAACUGUGAAAUAAUCCAGAAAGUAAAAGGAACGAUGCGUACAAGGGAUAUGCAUGUCAGCUUGUUAAAGUGUCCUUAAACAUUGAGGAGAACAAGACCAAGCUAUACGCCCGACAUGCCGACUAUGAAGCAUCAGUUACAUUCAAUGUUCAACAGAUUUCACCGACAUUUCUUCAGGAAGAUGAUGACUGUACACGAUGAGAUAUGCAGUAAGGAAGGUUAUCAUUUGUAUGCACUCAGAAUAGUAAAGCCACAGACUAUGUUUCCUUGCCUUAUUUGUAAUUUAUUCAAAAAACUGCAAAAUGUAAUUUAAGAAAUACAAGUUGCCUCAAGAAAAGAUAAAUUAUUAAUCUUCCAUUGUCAGGGCAAAAGUUUGGAAUCUAUAUGGGGAAUAGUGUAGGUGAAGCUUUAGUCUGUAAAAUGGGCGAUUUAAAUUGUCGUUACAAGUCUUGCAUGAAUUGGCUUCCAUAUGCAGAAUUGAGCCCCUCUGUGCCUUUGUAAAUGCAUAUUUUACCAUAGAGGAUAUUUUAUAAGAUUCUGAUUUUCUCAGGGAUUUAUUUUUCUUACAGAAUUUUAACUCAUCCAGACUUUAAUGUAUUAUAAUGACCAGUACCUCAGAGUGAAAAUGCAUGAGAAUUGAUGUCAAAUGAAUUCAGGUGUUUCGAUGUGAUUAUGUCUCUAUUAUAAAGGAAGCGAUGCUACUACUGGAAACAUCGCGCUCACUUCACUAUCAGCUUCUCAGUAUUCUGACAGAACAGCAAUGCACUGGUUUACUGCUGUCACUAGUUUUAAUAAAAAUUACAAAUUCUAAAAUGUCACAGUAUAAUUAUAAAUGUAAACAGCUCAGUGUCCUACAGCAGAAAUCAUCACGUUAAUGUACCCUGGCCCUAAUAUACAGUAAAAAGCUUUUUAUAUACAUGGUAAAGCCUAAAUAAAUGUUUGAUCCCAGUGGUAGGUGGGGAGCCAUGUUACAGUUUUUGCCUUGGGGCCCAGGAUCCUCAGCGUUCAUCUCUGGUCGUACAUUACUGUGGGUUAUGUCCAUACUAUGUAAAUAACUAGAAGGUAAGAGGAUCAUCGGGAUGUGAUUUAAAUAUAUUUAUAUUUUUGUGCCUUGUCUCUGCAAAAAUUCCUGAUGAAAUCUUAUCGUUUUUGCAUUGGCUACUAGAUGUAUAAAUGACUGCCCCAUUUGCCAUAUUAUCACUGGACAGGGGAUGCCUUGGUAGCUAUGAACGGUAGGGCUUUUAUACUGCCUGUGCCAAGAUAAGCAGCAUUCACACUGAAGUAAAAGGGAAGAUAGCUGACACAGAGAAGAGUGAGGGACAGGGUUAUGUUGAGAGGGCUCAUCACCAGUUACCGAGUCCAUUAUAGUGUUAUUCCCAUCUCAACAAUUCAUGGCUGAGUUUGGAAUACCCGUCACAUGCAGCAGCCGGAGAUGGCGAGGAUUAGAGACCGGCCAAGCUCUUUGUGCUACACUGUUUGUGUAGCUCCCAUUCACUUCCAUAAAGAAACAGCAAAGGACAUAACAACCAGCUGUUUCUGCAAACAUGGCCGCUUCUGAUUACUGUAUAUGACGAGUAUUUUCUAAUGACUGCCAUCCUGGAACCGCAGAGAUAGCAGCCCUGGAUGGCCAAAAUAUUACAUGCCAGUCAUACAAAUAACUUACCCUACUUAUAGAGGAGAAGGUGCCCAGGCAAAUCCAUGCACUAGUAAUGUUCUCUAUUAAAUAAUAAUACAUGAUACAUAUAUAUACACAUCAGAGCAAAUGCCAUUAUUCAGCCACACUUUUGCCGGCUACCUACCUACUUGUACUUGGCCUUUAGUAACAGAAAUGUGUUAAUACAUACUUGCUGAAGACUAUCUCACAGAAAAAGAAAACAUCUGUGUUUCGAGGACAGUUCACACACCUCCUGGAAAACUUUUUAUGUACUAUUUUACUAUGACAUGCAGAUAAACUAAGCAAAUGACAUAGAGGGAAUGAAUGGCCGGUAUAAACUACGGCUGUGGUCUGGAAUGUUUUCUGUUUGCAAACCAAUGAUGAGCUCCUUGACACUUCACACGAAGCACAGACCUUCUACAGUAUUUAUACAGUCUAUUAUGAAUGUGUGUGGAGAUCAGGCCACUUCACAUUAACCCAGCGUUCUCUGACCAUUUACUAGAAACCUGCUGUAUGAGUUUUAUUUAAUAAAAGUAUUUAAUUCCUAAGGACAAUCCUUAGCAUUCCUUCCCCGAAAUAAAGUCCACCUCACGUCUGAAAUGUGCAUGCUAGCCGACACGGGACAUGGUGAAAGGUGUUCGGUUAAGUUCACUGGUCAAUAUGUAUAUAAUAUGAUGCAAUUUUAACACGCAUUUUAACUUUGCUACCCUAUUUAUAAUGUGAAUUUUAACUUUUUACUACUUAAAAAAAAAAACUGGUUCACCAGCAAUCUGUCUGAAACGCAAAAUACAAAGAAUAUUUAUAUAAAUGUUAUAUUUGUGUGUUUAUGUAAUUUACAGCUCAGAGUGACUUCAGGUGGGUUACAAGUAGACCAGCACUGGGAAUUAGAAGUGGUGUACAGUAGGUUACUGCCGAGCUGUUAACAUGAUGGGGUGUACCUAAAGGGUUAAUGACACUUAUGAUCUAUAAUAAGGAUAGGUCAUCAAUAUCAGAUCGGUGGGGAUCUGACACCUGGCACCCCCGCCGAUCAGAUGUCCUCUGUAGCUUCUGGCACUUUGGAUGGAGCUAGAAGCACAACUUCAUUUAUAGGGUAGCGGCCGUGCUGGGCUAUGGAGGCCGAGCUGCAGUAUUAACUGAAUGGGGUUAUCUAAUCAUAUCCCCUGUUACAGAAUUAUGAGUAAAUAGAGGUGGUCCUGGGUUCAGGCUCCUCAUUUCUUGGGUGGACGGUGGUUACACAGUCUCUUUAUCUAGAGGGCCUGUUCAGUCCUGCAUUUCACAGACAACCCACUGAAUUGAAUGGGCUUUGUGUAUUGCUAUUUUCUCCUGUGGUGGCACUACAGGAAAUUUUUAUAUUUUUUAUAACAUUUCAUCCUAUUUCCCAAAAUAAUACAGAAAAGUACAAACCAAUAGCUACCAAGCAGAGUUUUACAACAAACAUCCCUGGGAAGAGGGGUCUGGGCUCCAGAGGGAGGCAAGGAAUCUUUAAUAAUUCGGACAAUUAAGGUAUAUCGGAAAGGCCCGUAAAAUCAUCAUCUAUACUGAACAGACAAUAUGACACUUCAGGAUCACUGUGUGAUCUGCUUAAUCUGCUUAAAGCAAGGAUUAUCCAAAGUGGAGACCCCUGGUUCAGACAUAUAAAUUUAGAUUUUAAAUAGAUUUAAAAAAAAAACUUGUUUGGAACAUGUUUGUAUCAGAAUACAAUGUUUAACCAACUUGUGCGCUGAGGAGACCCAGUAGGUUGAAUGCGCCUGACAGUUAUUAAACUUUGGCCAGUCUUACAAAUUCUGCAAAUGUCUACUCUAGUAGCAACUGGUUACCAUUCAGUGUCUCUGCUUUCUGUGAGUGAAUAGAAUCAUUCCCGUUUGCAUCCAGUGGCUGAAACAGGCCCCUACAGAAGUACUCCCAGAUGCCAUAAUGUCUCCAGUCAAGGCAGUCCUGUCAGCUGGACAAGGCACCAAUCUCUCCCUGAGCCCACAGAUUUCCGCACUGGCGUAAAUAAAAAGUUGCAAACCCUGUGUUUGUAAACUUUUUAAACGCAAUUAAGGCUAAAUCAACACGCAAGUGGCGUUUCUACGUCGUCCUGGACGCUUUCUGAAAAGCAGGAGAGGCGCGGGGAGGGAAGGCUUUUACGCUAGUUUUCUGCUGAGAUCUACGUCCGCUCUGAGCUUCUGCAGAUUUCAGUCUAGGCGCACGGACUGCCAGAGGAGGCGUCUAAUAUAUGACGAGGGCUGCGCCUCACUAUAAGUUUAGCAAAUCCUCUGGCAGCGUAGGGGAUAUCAUAGACUGCUGUAAAACGCUGGUCAAUGAUAAACUCCCCCCACUGUGUAAGUAUUUAGUAGUUUUGAGUUAUUAGCCUGCAGGCCACACUGGGUGAUUUUCCAUUUUUGCGGUUUUGUUUUUUCUCCCCGCCUUCCCAAAGUCACAACUUUUUUAUUUUUCCCUUCACAUAGCCGUAUGAGGGCUUGUUGUUUUGCGGGGUAAG